CAUCAUCAUCAUCAAGUUGCACAAGCACAUUAACUAGCUUGAGUCCUUGCUUGAACUACAUAAUGGGAAGCUCAUCAACACCACCAUCUUCAUGUUGCUCUCAACUCUCAAGUCUGUCCUUAACGGUGGAGGUUCCAAUUUGGGAAUCCCCAUUAACCAAACUCUUGCUUUGUCUCUUCCUAGUGCUUGCAAAGUUCAAACUCCACCAGUAAGCCAAUGCAAAGGUGUUAAUGGAGAAGCAUCUUCGGGUUCUCCGGUGGGAUCUCCAUUUGGUUCCCCAGCUGAAUCUCCAGCUGAUUCACCUGAAGGUUCAAUUGCACCUUCAGAUUCAGGUUCAGAUUCUCCCUCAGUUGCAGGAUCUAAGAGAGUUCCAGGAACAAAUGGUGGGUCAUCUGAUGGAAGCAACAUUAAAUUCCCCUCCCACUUUUUGCUCUCUCUUGUAAUUGUUUCUUGUUUCUCUUCCAUCACACCAACCUCUGAUUUUUUAGUCUUGUCUGCAGAGACUUGAGAGACUUGAGUGCUGAGGUUUUGCCUUUUGUUGUGUCACUUCUUAUCUAUGUAGUUUGAAUAAAUAAUGAGUUUAAUUUUAUAUAUGUUUCCUUUAUUAUUCAGGCUUGAU